UUGCGCCAGGAGGAGGGUCAGGAUGUGGCGGCGCCCCUGAGAUAUUGGCGGCGCAGAGCUGAGCAGGGGAAGCUGAAUUGAUAGAUUCAGCGGCAACCGAUUCAACACGGUUCGCGCCUGAGCGGUCGGCUCCGGCUGGGAGAUGUACAACGUUGAGCUGGCCGAGCUAGUGUGGGGCAGGCGCCCGAGCGGCGGCCUCUCCGAUUCCGUCUUCCGCAGAUGGACCCAAGGCUUCGUUUUAAGUCAAUCAGAAGCAACAGCCUUGGAACAGUUUGAAGGUGGACCCUGUGCAGUGAUAGCACCUGUUCAGGCUUACCUUUUAAAGAAUAUUAUGUUUCAUUCUGAAAAACCAAACUGGCGAAAUUGCACAGAAGAAGAGCUUAAGCAUCUUUUCUGCCUCACUCUGACUGAGAUUCUAGAAACUGCUAGAUUAAACAACUCCAGUCCUUACUGUUUGGUAAUGUGGGCAAGAGGAAAAACAUCAGAAGAACAUGCCAGUAUUUCUGAAAAUCAACCAGAGUCCAGUCAAGGGACUGAAGAGGAUCAGCUCUCUGCCUUGGCUGCAGAGGAGCUUGGCUCUGAGCGAUUUCAUACACUGAUUCAAAAGCGGACAUUUGAAAGUGUGACAGAAUUGAAGGAGGCAGUUUUAAAUCAGUAUUCAACCUGGAAGAAUCGAUUUGGAGUCUUGCUUUUUCUUUAUUCUGUCAUUUUAACAAAGGGUAUUGCAAACAUUAGAAAUGAAAUUGAAGAUGCAGCUGAACCUUUAAUAGAUCCUGUAUAUGGUCAUGGAAGCCAAAGCCUAAUCAAUUUAUUACUGACUGGAUAUGCAGUUCUGAAUGUAUGGGAUGGAGACAGAGAGUGUUCUGGAAUGAAACUGCAUGGUAUAAGGAAUCAAGCUACUAUAGGCUUCCUGACACUAAUGGAGUCCUUGCGUUAUUGCAAGGUAGGAACAUUCCUGAAGUCACCAAAAUUUCCCAUUUGGAUACUUGGCAGUGAAACUCAUCUAACUGUAUUCUUUGCGAAGGAAAUGUCCUUAGUUGCCCCAGAAACUCCUUGGGAACAAGCUAGAAGAGUAUUCCAAACAUAUGAUCCUGAAGAUAAUGGAUUUAUACCAGACACACUGCUGGAAGAUGUGAUGAGAGCCUUGGAUCUGGUGUCAGAACCUGAAUAUGUGAAUAUUAUGAAGAAUAAAUUAGACCCAGAAGGACUAGGUAUCAUUUUAUUGGGAACAUUUCUACAAGAAUUUUUUCCUGAGCAGGAAUCUACUAUUCCAGAAUCGUUUACUGUUUAUCACUACAAUGGAUUGAAGCAGUCCAACCACAAUGAAAAGGUUAUGUAUGUCGAGGGAACUGCUGUUGUUAUGGGCUUUGAGGAUCCAAUGGUGCGAACUGAUGACACUCCAAUCAAGCGCUGUCUGCAAACAAAAUGGCCAUAUAUCGAACUCAUGUGGAAUACAGACCGGUCACCUUCCUUAAACUAGUUCCAGAAAAUCUAAAACCAAACAAAAUUCCAAAUAUUAUAAGCUGUACUGCUUUUGAAAUCUAUACACAAUUGCUGCUAACUGGAAUGUAGUGUCCAUGAAAUCAGAAAAGAAACUGUAAACCUUAAUUAUUCUACUAUUUACUAUUGAUCACAAAGGUCCAAGUCACUGUCCUUCACUGCUAAUCAAAAGUUUAUCCAAGGAAACAGAUUACAUGGUAUCAGCUUGACUGUGUCAGAAAGAAUUGUUUCCUUUUAAUCCUGGAGAUGUAAUUCUACAAUUCUUUAAAAUAAUGAUUUAUAAGGAGUACAAUGCAAGUUUGGGACCUGAAAUUCGGUGUCCUGAUUAUGCCACAAAAAUUACAGUGGAGCAGGUCUCCUGGCUGAUGAGAGCCAAAGCUGAUGAUCCCAGCAGGAUUCAAGAGGCACUAAUGGAUAGAAGCAAAAUUCCAAAACAAAAAUAAAAUGUAUUCCUCCAAAGGUUAAAGAUUUUUUUUAUGAACUUGAGAUAAUUAAUUAAGUACUGUAAGCAUCCAUGACAUUUGGAAAGCCCAAUAACUGACACAAGAGAUAAUAAUUGAACAUAAGAGAUGGCAAUGGCUGGAAUUUUUUGGCUGAACAAUGGGAAUGCCCUCAGAUAUGCCAUCAAAAAAGUGAUUUUAAGUAGGGAUGGUAGAUGAAAUUUUUGCCCAUCGAUUCCUGGCUCUACCACAUCACCAUCACCACUGUUGAAUUUAUGUCAGAUUCAAAAUAGUGGCAGCUCAGUAAAACCAGAUUUAGUCCCAAAACUAGUGAAUUUGAAUCAAGGUCAAAAUAUUUACUCCCGUUAUAACUAGGGUGUUCUCCAGAAUAUUCUUAGUGAGGGUAUGUUUUCAAGGCAAUUUUAUACCUAAAGGAUCGCUUUUCACAGCCCAGUAAUACAAUUCAUUCAUUUGGAUAUUUUGCCUUAUGUUGCCAUAGUACCACCACAGAUGAUGUCCCUCAAGAAUAAUUCAUUCAAUCUAGUGUAUAUUUAGUCAAUAUUGUAAAGCUCAAUUCAUUGUUGGAUUUAUGCUCAUUACAUUCCAACUCAUAGAGUAUGAUAAGAUCCCAUUUUGUGAUGUAAGUGGAGUACAUCUGCUUUCCAUAAUUGGCAAGGAUUAGUACAAAAUUGCAUGUUCUGGGUCGUAGGUGUAAUUGAGGAGGUAGGACCAAAUUAUACUGAAAGUAUACCCCUUUCACCAUCCCCACCCCGCUCUCUAAUUGCCCUAUAAGAUUUUUAACUUUAUUAUAAACAGGAUUGACAGCACCCUGUAUAAUUGGGUUUAGUCAAGUUUAUUUAUCUUCGGCAUCCCGCAAACUUAACCAGUGACAGUGGCUAAAAGCUUUAUCUUUUACAGUGAUUUAUUGUUAAAAACAAAUGAAUGGAUAUGUUGGGAGAGCCAUUUGCUUAACUUUACAUUGCUUUGUGAUGCAUUGCAAUGUGCUUUUAACCACCAGCUGUAACACUGGGUAUAUGGCUCUCUAUAACAUACUGAAAUUUGUAGUUUACAUUUUUGAAAUGUACCGCAGUGGAAGCCAUAUGAAGAUGAAAUAUAAAUGCAGAUUGUGGCUAAUUACAUGAUACAUUCUAAAUCUAUUCAGUGAUUAACACAACGCAUCUCUGAGGUUAUCAAGCUCUGUUGUUACAUAAUCUUGCCAAGAUUAAUUUUUUGUGUCAAAAUUACACUGUUUGCCAGUGUUCAUGUGUAUUUAAACUUGCUUGUUGUUAAAUUGCAUGAGAAAUGAACAAUUUAUUGCCCAUAAAACACUAGAGUUCUCUUAUUUAUUAUGAUUUGAGAGUUGGCCUAAAAUAAAAAUACAGUUGAAAAAUGUUUUGAUUUAUUUUCUUAAUGCACUGGGAAACUAGUUUUAUGACUGUUUUAUUACUUGUUUCUAGGCUGAACAAAGGCAUUGUAAAGUUACUUUUCAUCGAUUACUAAUUUUCCAAAAUAGUAAUUUUAUCUGUAAAGGAUAUCUUUAGCAAUAAAUGG